CAUCUUUAGUAGAAGCUGUACCUCCUCACCAUCACUCUGACCCAAACAUGCCCCCCCCCCCCCCAGGAUUUAUAACCCGCUGCGUCUCGGCUGAGCGGAGCACAGAGGAGCAUCCGAGCUGCAGAGAUGGCGUGGCUCCUUCCCAGUCGAGGUUCUCCCAGACUGGUUCUGGUGGUGGUCUGCGUGGCUCUGCUGCUGGACAACAUGCUGCUCACAGUGGUCGUACCGAUCAUCCCGACGUUCCUGUACGCCAUGGAACAUCCCAGCCCAGAACCGCAGACCGCCCAGCCGUCCACGCUGGACGCUGUGACCUCACAGCCCCACUCCUCCGGUUCCGACAUCCAGCUGUCUCCUCCCAGCAGCAGAACUCCAGUCCUGGGUCCAAAGUCCCAGCAGAACAUCUGGCAGCGUCUGCUGGUGUCCCUGUUUGAGAACAUCACGGAUAACCUGCAGGAGAGCCAAACAGAACCGACAGCUGAGGGGAUCCGGACCACAGAGCUGACGCCGUCCAACCAGACCUCCAACGCUACAGACUCCUGUCUCCAGGACAGUGUCUUCCUGGAGGAGGAAAAUGUCCGGGUGGGUUUGCUGUUUGCCUCUAAAGCUCUGGUCCAGCUGUUCAUCAACCCGUUUGUUGGUCCGCUCACCAACAGGAUCGGGUACCACAUCCCGAUGUUCGCAGGAUUCAUCAUCAUGUUUGCUUCCACCAUCAUGUUUGCUUUCUCAGGGACCUAUGCGCUGCUGUUCUUCGCUCGCUCUCUGCAGGGGAUCGGCUCAUCCUUCUCCUCUGUGGCGGGUCUCGGCAUGCUGGCCAGUGUCUACACCGAUGACGAGGAGCGAGGCGUGGCGAUGGGUGUCGCUCUGGGAGGACUUGCCAUGGGAGUUCUGAUUGGAGCUCCGUUUGGAAGCGUGAUGUACGACUUUGUGGGGAAGAGCGCCCCCUUCCUGAUCUUGGCCUUCCUGGCUCUGUUUGACGGAGCUUUGCAGCUCUGCAUCCUGCAGCCCUCGAAGAUCUGUCCUGGGAGUGUGGAGGGGACACCUUUACUGACCCUGUUAAAAGAUCCCUACAUCCUGAUCAGUGCAGGGUCUCUGUGCUUUGCUAAUAUGGGCGUGGCCAUACUGGAACCGACGCUGCCCAUCUGGAUGAUGCAGACCAUGUGCUCCCCCAAAUGGCAGCUUGGAAUGGCCUUCCUCCCAGCCAGCAUCUCCUACCUGAUCGGGACCAACCUGUUUGGAGUUCUGGCCAACAAAAUGGGACGGUGGCUCUGCUCCAUGGUGGGAAUGUUCAUCGUUGGCAUCAGCCUGUUGUGUGUUCCUUUUGCCACCAGCAUCUACGGUCUGAUUGGUCCAAAUGGCGGUCUGGGCUUCGCUAUUGGGAUGGUGGACUCCUCAAUGAUGGCCAUAAUGGCUUACCUGGUCGACAUCCGCCAUGCAUCUGUGUACGGCAGUGUGUACGCCAUCGCUGACGUGGCGCUCUGUAUGGGCUUUGCUAUAGGACCUUCCACAGGGGGCGCUCUGGUCCAGGCAGUGGGUUUCCCCUGUCUCAUGGUGUUCAUUGGUGUGAUCAACAUCUUGUACGCUCCACUCUGCUUCCUCUUGCGUAACCCGCCUGUUCAAGAGGAGAAAAUGGCGAUCAUUGACCAGGAGUGCAUGAUGCACAGGAAGAGCUACAACACAAACAAAGACAGCCGUGAGUUUCCCCUGAGCGACUACAGUGAAGAGGAAGAGACGGAGGAGUGAAGGUGUCUGCGCUGUGAUGUCGUCUAAAGACCCGCUUUGAUUUCUCCUUUCCACUUCCUGUCCUCAUCGUCUGAAACAUGGGAGGUUUUCAGAAAAACAUGGACGUAGUUUGAAGCUGCUGAUAGAACCGGCAGGUUCUGUUCAUGCGAACCCUUCAAUGGUUCUGGUCCGUUUGUGUUCACUUUGUCCAAACUAGCAGGAAACAUCAACAGGCUUCCUGUUUACUGUCUUCUCUGAUGUUGCUGUGACGUGUUCUUAAUGUGGUCUUCUUCUGGAGCCGUCUGAUGACAUCACAGCACCAUGAGUCAGAACCUGCUCAAUGUUUCUGCUGUUUCUGGUCUCCACUCAUCUUUUAUUAAUAAAGGAUCUGGUUUUGACAUUA